AUGAGUGUUUGUGACCCAAACAAGAGUUUCUCUGUGAGGAGCAUGAAGCUUCCUCUUCAUCGCUCUGGAGACCACAAUGGGAACGCUUUCCCCAUCUCCUCCUCCUCCUCGUCUUCGUCCUCGUCCUGCCUGGGGGAGUCCUCUCCGGAGUCUCUGCAGAGUCUGAGCGGGGGCCCGCUGGACUACAACCUGCUGGAGGCCACCUUCAUGACCUCGGUGAUGAAAACGGAGAAGACUGUGGACGUGGUGCUCUCCACAUGGCAACCGGAGGGGGUGGGGCUUGAUGAUGAAGAUGAAGAUGUUCCAGUGGGAAACACUAAGUCCAGUGACAACUCUGUGUCGGUUUACCUGGAUGCCAACACGUGGAGUGACGACGUCACGCUGUCCUUGAACACAAACAGUGGUUGCCGUGGCAACAGUGAGGAUGAAAGCAGCGGGAGGGGGUGUGGCUCCCCCACCCCAGACUCUGACGCCACAGAGAUUCCUGAUGAUGAUGGUGAGGAGGCUCUGUUCCUCUCUGUGAGCUCUGAAAUGUGUGUAACGUUCAGACAGGUAAAUCCAGGUGGGUCUGCUGAGGGGGCGGAGCUUAAGAAACACGAGCCCACCGCUCUGAGAGGAGCUGAAUAUGAGGGUCCACAGCCGGGGCCUGAAGAACUGCAAAUCUGCUCUCCUGUGGAUGCUCCUCCUGGUUCACAAGAGGUUCUCAGGUCAUCUUCUCCAUCCAACAGUCCAGUCACAUCUACUCCUCCUCCUCUGCCUCCUCCACCUCCUGCUGAGGAACCAGAAACGCAUGGAACCCAAACAGCAGCAAAAACUGAACCGGUCUGUGUGAAAACAUUCAACCUGGAAUCAAAGAAAGUUCCCAAACUGGACGUUAAACCCAUGAGGAAUAAAACUGGGUCAGGGACCAACAGGUCUCCAUCUAAAACUCCUCGUCAGGGAGGAGGAACCCUGAAGGAUGACCAGGAUGUGCCUGAUGGCGUGGAGGCAAAACGUCCCAGUGAAGGAACUGCACCAGAUGAAGAGGAGCAAAGGAGAAAGGCUUCAAUGAUGAGACCAUCUGAGCAGAAACCACAAAGUCCUGUCUGGUCCUACCUCCUCCAGCCCUCCCUUCUCCUCCCCCCUCACUUUUUCCUCUCCUCCCUCGUUCUGGUUCUGACUCGGAUCGGGGCUCAGGCCAUGGUGUCGCUGCGCAGCUCCGAGCUCCGGCCCUUCGGCUGGGACCCUGUCACUAAACACCAGCUCCUCCUGCAGAGAGCCUCAUCCAGGAUCGGACCUGGGGCCAGGCAGCAGGACCGGACCUCCAGGUUUCCUCCAGGACCCAGGACCGGACCUCCAGAACCAGAGGGAGGAGCUGCACAGAGUUCUGCUGAAGAAACCAGAACGAGACGGGACCAGAACCAGAACCAGGGUGUCUUCAAACCCCGCACCAACGCAGAACGACCCUCCGCCGGCGUCCAGAGCCCAACGGCGUCCGUUCCCAAAGCGUCAGCCAAUCAGGCGUCAGCAGGACGACCUGCCGGCUCCAGACUUCCUGUUAAAGCUUCACCUGUGAGCCCGAGCACCUCGUCUCCAGGAAGCAACGAGAACGACACAGCCAGCAAAGCUGGUCCUGUAGCUCCGACAGAGCUGAAGCCCGAUGAGCGUCCCAGCAGAGACUCGAGCACCAUCAGACCCCGCAGCUGUGACCCCCCAGCCACCUGCAGCAGUGACUCCCGUCCCGCUCCGAGGCCUCCGGCUGUGAGGAGCCGGGCUCCGUCCCUGCAGGCCAGGACAUCUGCUGCAGGCCUGAAGUCUCCGACCAUCUCCAGCCACAUCACAUCAAAGGCAGCUGUCAAUCAACAAUCUGCGAAGGCAUCGUCUGGAGCCGGACCGGGUUUAUCGAAGCAGACCGUUCCACUGCAGAGACAAGGCUCAACCAGAAACAGCCGACUGAACAGCUCAGUCUGGGCUCAGCAGCUCUGCCUUUCUGCCUGGCAGACUUCAGUGGACAAGAACAAGCCCAGAGAGGGUCCGCCCCGGCCCAGCAGCACCAGCAGAACCAGCUCCCAGAGCACAGCGGGAAACCAGCAGAACCAGCAGCUUCAGCCGGCUGAACUGGGUCCAGAGGUUCUGAACACCAGCAGCCCAGCGACAGCAGCUCCCACAGUUCCAGCCCCCGAUGCUGCCAGCACAACAUCCGGGCCCAGUGGACCUGCCGGUUCUAGGUUCAAGGCUAGAACUGGGUCACGAUCCAGCCCUAGAACCGGGCUCCGUCCUCAGAAUGCUUCCCGACCCGGAGCAGGCAGGACUGCAUCUUUGGAGGAGCCGGUUCCAGCCAAACAAAACCAGAACAAAGAGCAAGUGGAGAAGAAGAAUCAGGCCUUGGUCCAGCUGAGGAGGCUCCUGGUCCAGGGGAACCAGAAGGUGGAGGCUCUGGCUACUGUGGUCCAGCAUCUCCUCACUCAGCGUGAAGAAACUCUGAAGCAGAAGAAGGAGCUGAAGUUGGAACUGAGCACGCUCAGAAACCAGCUGGUGGCGUCUUCUCUGUGCUGCGAGCGGCUGCAGGAGGAGAAGGAGGAGGUGCGCUCCAACCUGGAGGAGGCUCUGAGGAGGCUGGAGGAGCAGCAUGAGGAGGACCUGGUUCAGCUGGAGAACAGGUUGAGGAGUUUCUACCAGACCGAGUGGGACAAAGUCCACCAGGUGUACCAGGAGGAGGCAGACCGGUGCCGCCUGCUGAUGGAGCAGCAGGUGGAGGAGCUGAGGAGCCAGCAGGAAGCAGAGAAGAACAACCAGGAGGAGCUCCACAGUCAGAGGGUGGAGGUUCUGAAGCAGGAGUACCAGAACUCCGUACAGGAGCUGAGGAGGAUCCAGCAGGCUGAGCUGGAGGAGCAGCAGAGGAGCCUGAAGGAGGCCAAGACCUCCCUGCAGGAGCAACUCUCUGAGCUGUCGGCUGAAAACCAGGAUCUGAGAGAGACGCUGCGAGCAGAAGAAGAGAGGAGGCGGCAGAUCCAGAGCGACAAGAACCUGAAGGACUCUCACACCGUGUACCUGGAGCAGGAGCUGGACAGCCUGAAGGUGGUUCUGGACAUGAAGAACCAGCAGCUGCAUCAGAAGGACAAGAAGCUGCUGGAGAUGGACCGGCUGGUGGAGACCAACGUGAGACUGGAGGAGUGUCUGAAGAAGGUCCAGCAGGAGAACGAGGACUACAGGGCCAGGAUGGACAAACACGCCGCGCUGUCAAAGCAGCUGUCCUCGGAGCAGGCCGUCCUCCAGCAGACGCUGCAGAAGGAGUCAAAGGUCAACAAGCGUCUGUCCAUGGAGAACGAGGAGCUGCUCUGGAAGCUGCACAACGGAGACCUGCUGGCCAGCCCUCGCCGCCCCUCCCCGACCUCCCCCUUCGGCUCGCCUCGGAACUCCGCCUCCUUCCCUACAGCUGCACCGUUGUCUCCCAGAUAACCUGUCCCCACCUCCCGAGGACAGGGACGUGUCCCGCCUGUUGGACGUUUGGAUGUGCUGCGGUCGGAGCGUGGGACGGACCUCGCCUGUCACUACCUGAAAACGCCUGAUCCGAUGAGCGCUUCUUCAUCUGAAGGACACGCAGCAGGCACACCUCAGGACCUGUCCAUAUCCUGGCUGUCGUCAUGGCAACCCCUUUUUAUUUUAUAAUGAACUUGUCCUCAGUCAGUCUCUUAAAGAGGACGAAAACUGAUGGAGACCGAAUGAAAUGACGGGUACUGGAGCGUAGUGUUUUUUUUGUGUUUUUUCUCAAAGAGCGAAGCUCAAUCACUGACUGAAACUCUGCAGGACAGUGGACAUCCUGUCCAUCUGAGGACAAACAGGAGCUCUGCAGGACGGUGGAUUCCAGUCCAUCUAAGGACAGAUGGGAGCUCUGCAGGAUGGUUGACUUCCUGUCCUUCUGUGGGCAGAAAAGAGCUCUGCACGACAUUGGACAUCCUGUCCCUCAAUCACUGAUUGGAACUCUGCAGGACGGUGGACAUCCUGUCCAUCUGAGGACAAACAGGAGUUCUGUAGGACGGUGUAUUCCGAUCCAUCUAACGACAGAUGGGAGCUCUGCAGGAAGGUGGACUUCCUGCCCAUCUGUGGACAGAAAGCUCUACCUGACGUUGGACUUCCUGUCCCUCAAUCACUGGCUGGAACUCUGCAGAAUGGUGAACUUCAUGUCCCUCAAUCACUGACUGGAGCUCUGCACGACAGUGGACAUCCUGUCCCUCUGAGGACAGAAAGGAGGGCUACAUGACGUUGGACAUCCUGUCCCUCUGAGGACAGAAAGGAGGUCUACACGACAUUGCACAUCCUGUCCAUCUGAGGACAGAAAGGAGUUCUACACUACAUUGGACAUCCCGUCCAUCUGAGAACAGACUGGAGUUCUACACAACGGUGGGCAUCCUGUCCCUCAAUCACUGACAGGAGCUCUGCAGGACGUUGGACUUCCUGUCCCUCUGAAGACAGACUGGAGCUCUGCAACAUGAUGGACUUCCUGUCCCUCUGAGGACGAACUGAGCAGAGACAUUGUGUCCCUCCAGCCUGAACUUGACACUUUGUGAAUGUAAUCUGACUUGGAGCCAAAUAAUCCGUUAAUUUACCAUGAAGCGUGUUUGUUGUCCCUGCUUCCACCAUCUUGUGCCCAAACUGGAAUCAAACUCCGUUUCUGUCUCAUGGAAACACUUUACCUGCCACUCAGGCCUGUUCUUUCAAAAUAAGUGUCACUUCCUGUCCUGAAAAACCUCAGCUGUACCUGAAAUGCCUCAUUGUUUAUUUUUGACAGAAUAAAAUCAAAAUGGCAGAUAAACGUCAAAAUGUUUUAUUUGAGCAGCAGCAGAGACACGUGGAGGGGGUGGGACCGUGGAUCCGGUCCUCCUUUUACUGGUCGUAGCGGGGAUGGACCAUGGUAGGGUCGAGCGGCGGCGCCCGCUGCUCUGCGCCAG